AUGGAAAACUCCAGUGAGAUUAUGUCAUUUGUGUUGUCUGCUUAUGGAAAUGUUGGGGAGUUAAAAUACCUGUAUUUUGUAAUAAUAUUGUUCUGGUACCUCUCUAUAUGUGUGGCCAACACAGUCCUUAUUUUGGUCAUACGUGUGGACAGACAGCUACAUGAGCCAAUGUAUAUACUGCUUUGUAAUUUAUGUGUGAAUGAGAUAAACAUCAGCACAUCACUGUAUCCUCUUUUGCUCUCACAGAUGUUUUCAGACAGGCAUGAAGUGACCGUGCCGUGGUGUUUUCUGCAGAUGUGUUUUAUGUACACAAGUGCACCUGCUGAGUUUUGUAGUUUAGCAGCCAUGUCUUAUGACAGAUAUAUCUCAAUCUGUCAUCCAUUACGCUAUAAUGUCAUUAUGAACACAGAAAGAGUGUUUUUCAUGAUUCUGCUUGUGUGGAUAUAUUCAUUCCUGAGUGUAAUACUAUCAUUCUCAUUCGUCUUCAGUUUGAAGUUUUGUGGAAAUAAUAUUGAAAAUGUGUAUUGUGACCACCAAUUACUAAUUCGACUUUCAUGUUCACUUUCAUUCCACAGCUUUAUAUCUGACAUAUUCUUUGUCUUUGUGAGUAUUUUCAUACCAUUCAAUCUUAUUUCAGUCUCUUAUGUGAAGAUUUUGGCAAUUUGUCGAAAAACAUCCACAGAAAACAAGCAGAAAGCCGUGACUACUUGCACCCCUCAGCUCGUCUCAGUGUCAAACCUGUUUGUCGGAUGCAUCUUUCAGUCUAUUGAUUCCAGCGUUAUUGUUGCUCAGUUACCACAUGAAGUCAAUAUCAUUUUAUCUAUAUAUCUUUUCAUUUGUCAGCCGAUGCUGACCCCGUUUUUGUAUGGAUUUAAUUUGCCAAAGAUAAGGCAAUCAUGUAAAAGGUUUGUUUUUAAAAAGAAAUAA